AUGAUGAUGUGCAUUCCAGGUGCUACAGUUAGGCAGACAACACGUAUCAAUGUACCCAUUCUAUUUCAGCUAGUAGACAAGACUUUGACAACACAUAUUUGGUACCACGGCAUGAUUCCACGUAAAGAGGUGGAGGACAUGUUAAAGAUACAAGGAGACUACUUAGUCCGGAAAACCACUGUGGCCAGGCAGAUCACUUAUUGUUUGUCAGUAAAACACACCAGCGAUACGAAACAUGUCCCACUUGUAUACGAUAAAGGAACUUGGACAUUAAAAGACGUAGGUGCUUGGAGAUAG